GAGUAUAUAAUCCAAGUUAAAAUCUUAAAUUCAUUUGAUAAAAAUCAUUGAGAGAAAGAGAGUUUGGAAACAUUCCAAAACCAGACUCGAAAUAUUUCCACUAAAUAAUGAUACAAACAAGAAGUAUCUUUUUAUAAAACUCUUACACCCAAAAUAAAAUAAAAUGUCUCACUCCUUUUUGCCUUAAAUUCUUUCUUUUUACAACAACCCAAAUCUAAAAUCCACAUUAAAAAGAAAAUUUCAGUCUCUCUGACAUUUUGUCGAACACUUGGACGGCAUCACAAAAAGCUAAAACCUUUCUGAUUAACAAUGGCGAAUUCGUCUUCCGACAAGGAGAAGAAGGAAAAUAGUAAGCAGCCCGUGUAUCGUGGAGUCCGUAUGAGGAGCUGGGGAAAAUGGGUAUCGGAGAUUCGUGAACCACGGAAGAAAUCGAGAAUCUGGCUCGGGACAUUUCCGACGGCGGAGAUGGCGAUGCGUGCUCACGACGUGGCGGCUAUGAGUAUCAAAGGAACUUCAGCCAUUCUCAAUUUCCCUGAGCUAUCAGAUUUUUUGCCCCGACCCGUUUCGCUCAGCCCUCGCGACGUCAGAGCUGCGGCGACCAAAGCCGCUCUCAUGGACUUCGAUACGGCGCCGUGUCGUUCAGAGACUGAGACGAGGGAAACGAACAAAAGGUCAGAGAGUAGCGAAACGACGACGUCGGAUAAAAGGUCAGAGAGUAGCGAAACGGUGUCGUUCUCAUCGUCGUCUUCGUUCUCUGUUACGAGCAUUGAGGAAAGUACAGUCUCCGACGAUGAUCUAGACGCGAUCGUUAAGUUACCGAGUCUAGGAACGAGUGUAGACGAGUCGAACGAGUUCGUGAUUUUUGAAUCGUUGGAGGAUUUGGUGUACAUGCCUCCGUGGUUAAGCGGUACGGAAGAAGAAGAAGUUUUUACGUAUAACAAUGAUUCUUCGUUGAAUUACUCAUCAGUUUUCGAAUCUUGGAAACAUUUUCCCUGAGAAAAAGAACCCAUCCACCAUCUUUUCUCUUUUUCUUUGGCCAUUUUUUGGUGAUGAUGGGAUUAAUCUCUCUCUUUUUGCUUUGCGUGAGAUUUCUCUCUUUGUGGAAUUACAUCACUUUUUGUUCAAAUCUCCAAGUCUGUGUAUAUUUCUAUGGUUUUUGCCGAAAUAAAAUAAUGACUGUAGCCUUCCAAAU